AAAAUGAAGUAUUGUCAAAUACAAACAUCGGCCGAUCCGUCAAUUAUUCCAAUAAAAUUUUAGUACCAUUUUUCCAUUUCAAAAUUGAAAAUAAAAUUGGUUUAAACAUGUGAAUAGAAAGAAACAAUACACAGCAGUCGAAAUAUUAAAAUAUAUUCCACCAAAAAUAAAUAUAAACCUUCAAAAUGACGACACCGAACCCGAAAGAUGAUCCCGAGUAUGACGAAUUCUGUGACCCGGCCAAUCCACGCAAAAUAAAGUUUGAUGACAUAUUAGCUGCAUCACGGCGCAUGGUCGGCAACGUCGUUAGGACACCUUGCAUGAGAGCCCACAUGUCGGAUCGACUGGGUUUGGAACUAUAUCUAAAGGAAGAAUUCUUACAAGUGACAGGAUGUUUCAAAGAACGCGGAGUGGUCAAUACUUUAUUAUUGCUAAACGAAGAACAAAAAAAGAAUGGCGUAGUUGCCGCCAGUACUGGGAACCACGCAUGCGCUCUGUCCUAUCACGCUCGACGGAUGGGUAUACCGAGCAUGGUAUUCAUGCCAGUACAUGCUCCCAUCACUAAAAUCAAUAAAGCAGAAAGACUAGGUGGAAAUAUCACAUUGCAAGGUAACAGUAUGGCGGAAACUAAACUUAUUGCUAUGACCACUUGCAAGGAGAAAAAGAUGUAUUACGUUAAUGGUUACGAUCAUCCAAACGUGAUAGAAGGCCAGGGAACCGUCGGUAUAGAGAUAGUAGAACAGGUGCCAAAUGUGGAUGCAGUCCUCUGUCCAUGUGGUGGGGGCAGUCUGCUAGCUGGCGUCUGUUUAGCUGUUAAGACUCUCAAACCAGACACUGAAGUUUAUGGCAUUGAAACAGACAAGACUCACAGUAUGGUAGAAGCGCUCAGAAAGAAUGCACGAAUCUUUGUUGCGUUGGAGCCGUCAAUCGCCGACGGAUUGGCCGUCAAUACAGUCGGAGUGAAUACCUUCCACAACGUACAACAAGGAAUUCUCGAUAAAAUGGUAGUGGUACGAGAAGAUUGGGUGGCUCGUGCCAUUACCACCCUCAUUGAAGAAGAGAAGGUUGUAGUAGAAGGUGCUGGUGCCUGCACCGUGGCGUCUAUAAUGGCUGGUCUGUUCCCUAACCUAAAGGGCAAAAGAGUGGUAGCAAUAUGCUCUGGAGGUAACAUAGAUUCGACGACACUGACCCGUGCUCUGGAGCGAGGCAUGGCAGCGGACGGUCGGCUGGUGAAGUUCAAGGUGACGGUGUCGGACCGGCCCGGCGGGCUGGCGGACCUGUGCAGCAUGCUCGCCAACAUGGGCGUCACCAUGCGGGACUGUGUGCCUGAACGAGCUUGGGUCAAAGGAGACGUAUUUAGUGUACAAAUGAAAGUAAUUGUAGAAACCAGAGGUUUCGACCAUGCCAGACAGUUGGUGGAACUGAUCAAGAAACACUAUAAAGAAUAUUACUUCCAAGAAACGAACGAAAAAACUGAAAAGACUGCGGGUGUCAAGCGCGGCCCCUGCCUCGCGCCCAACCCUGUGUGCAUGCAGAAAUAGACUCUCCUCCUCUCCCACUAUUGUGCCAUUCCUAUCGUGUCUCAUUUCAAAAUACUACUUGUGAACUCUU